CCCGACCGCUCGGACUGCUCGAUCCCACAGCUGGACAUCGGGUGGCUGGACCGGGUGUCCUACCGCGGACUGACGCGUGUUCAAGUGUACACUCAACCCCCUUAUGAGGGACAGUCACAUAUUAAAGAGGUCGUUAGAAAAAUGAUCGGCCAAGCACAGAAGGUAGGGCAUGAAUGUUAUAUAUGAUUUUGUGAUUUUUGUUGUGACUCAUCUCUGGUGAAUAAGACACUGAUCAAAGUCCAGUGAACAAUGUAGAGAUAGACGCAUAGGAUAGACUACACGUGUGCUCAAGCUCAUAAAACAGGCUUAUGUCAUUUUCAGCCCUCUGAAUGGUAGGGCUGGGCACUUUUAGAAUUAUAAAGUUAAAUAAUAAAACAUUUCAUAUUCCCCCCGGUUUCACAGACAAGGCUUAAGCUAGUCCCAGACUAAAAUGCAUGUUUGAGCUGUUUUAACUGAAAGCAACUUGUACUGACAUAUCUUAAAAUAUGUCAGAGACAUUGUUUUGUCUCAAGAUGAACACCAGUAAUGUUUUUUUUUUCUAGGGUAUGUUUAUAAAAGAUACUUAAAUAUCCUAAUUGAACUAAGGCCUAAUCCUGGCUUAGGCUAAGCCCUGUCUGUGAAACCAGGCCAUAAAGAUGCAUACGUAUACAUAUAUGAAGUAAAUAAUAGCAAAUAAAUAAAACUACGUACAUUUUAUGUGUACAUAUAUAGAGUUCACAUUGAAAAUUUGAGAUUCUAAAUCUAAUUUAAAUAAAAUACUUUUAAUUAAAAAGUUUUUUAGAUUUUGAAAAAUUAUUAUGUGAACUUAAAAUGUCAGAUCUUCCACUGAAGCUUGAGAUAUUCUUUUGAUCAUGUUGAUCAUAAAAUCAUGCUGGAGAACAUAACCAUCAGGUUUUACACAAGCUUCAAGCAGCUUGAGUGCUGCUGCGUUGAAGCAAAAUACACUCAAAUUCUUUAAAUAGUUUGAUUCAACUUUUCACUCAAAUUAGUAUGCUGAUAAUAUAAUAUGUAAUGAAAAAACAUUAUUGGAUCCUAUAAAGCUUAUAUUUGGGAUAGUCCUUACAGUGCCCCAUGCACUUUUCUAAAUCUGCUCUUGUGAUUACUUUGAAUUACUUUUUGUCCAGUUUUUCAUCUGUGUGCACAGUUUUAUUUACAUUAAUAUUUGGAAUACAGUAUGUUUUUGACAGAUAUUACAAUGUGCUGUCUUUUUUGCCACAAAGUUCUUGUGUUGCCAUUAAUGCCUGUCCCUUUGCAGGUUAUUGCAAUUGUCAUGGACUUGUUCACAGAUAUUGACAUAUUCAAAGAUCUUCUGGAUGCAAGCUACAAGCGGAAGGUUGCUGUGUACAUUAUGCUGGAGGCCACUGGAGUGAAGCACUUUCUAAAAAUGUGUGAGAAAGCAGGCAUGCACACUGGACACCUCAAGGCAUGUCACAAUUCAUAUUAGAAACUCAUUUGACCUACAAUUUAGGCUAAUGUUUUUAUUAAAGAUUUAUUAGUGGAAAAGAAACAUAACAUUAUUAAACGCUUGCAGUUAAAUGAGUAGAAACAACUGAGAGAUAACUUAUUCCAAAUCAGAAAGUCUAAUUUUCCAAACCGCCUGAGGCAACUGUGAGCACUUAUGACUUUUGAUGCUCCUGUUUUGAGACAGAAACAGAUUUCUGCUGAUGAUAGAUAAUUUUGCAACACAUUUUUGAAAUAACAUAGAGUUUUAUACUGUAUCAGUGAUAGUAAGAGAUUUAUUAGAAGGACGUGUGUGUAGUGUUGAUACCAAUAAUUUUUUGCAAAUAUAUUUACUUCAAUCCAUUUAGAUAUUCUGUAAUAGAAUUUUAUAUGUGAAUCAGUUUACCUGAAUAUUUGAGAUAUUAGCUUCUGACUGUUAUCACCUGAAGGCACCACGAAUACUUGGUUUGCUCUGGUCACCCGCAAACAGGAAAUUGAAAUACUAAAAUGUGCAGCAUAGUUUAAGGUUACCAUCAAUGUGCAUGUGAAAACAUUGUAGAAGUGUGAAAACAUUAUAGAGAUGUGAUGUAAAAGAAAAUUUGCCCUUCUUGUGUGUUUACUUACUAAUGUGAUUAUAUACUAAUAGACUUUCAUUGAUGAAACCAAGUCAAGCAUACAGUGUGUCAGAAACUAUGGCCACGUUCGCACAGCAGCAGAAUAUGGUUGUCAGUCCUGUAUUUGAAACCUUAAUAUGGUUACGUUCACACACAGUACGGUUAUUUACAGGAGUGACAACAGCAUUCUAUAACUGAACUUAUACCUGUAAAUUUUCAGGACUCACAACCGGAGUCUCGGAAAACCCACGCUGUGUGAACGGAACCGGACUGGACAACUAGUUGUCUGUCACAUCAUACAGUGCGAGAGAGCAGGUUUUCAUGUGUGGUUUCGAAGAAGAUAUGAGCUGUGUAUCACCUGAAGGUUUUAGAUCCAGUCACUGUUCUCCAGUGGAGCUGCUCCUGUCAGUUUUGUGUUUCUACGUGCGACUCAAAUGCUCCGCCCUCCACCCUGAUAUAAAAGCUGCUGUCGGUUAAUGAAGAUUAGAUGGAUGAACUUGCGGCUGAAUUGAACUCUUGUCAUGUCAAAAGUGAUAAGACUUUUCAGUUUUAUGGACAUCGCCAUCUUUUAUAUUACUGUGGAUGGGCUUGACUCCGGUUGCACAUUCAUACAGACAGUAUUUGAGACGCUACUAACUUGAGAGUGCGCAGCAUCAGAGGGGUACAAUUUUUCAGUCGAUCCUCAAAGAGAGUGUGUGGAUACCAAAGCCAGAAGUUCAUGUUUAUUGACGGAGACAAAGCAGUCUCAGGGUCAUAUAGUUUCACAUGGUCUUCCUCUAGACUGGACAGAAACCUCAUCACUGUUCUCACCGGCCAAGCAGUCGAUACAUUUGACACAUUGUUUCAGGACAUGUAUUUGUUGUCUAAUGGAGUGUGCCUGAGUAAGAUUAAUCUGAGCAGUGAGCCUGAACCUGAGUUCCUCCCUCAGGCGGCACCCACUGUUCUUCCCUCAGCAACCAGGGCACUCAAGCUCAUUAACCCAAAAUACGCUCUGGUCUCCAACUGCGCUUUCACUACCAAUGGACCUGUAUCUGACCAGACAAGUGCCAAGAACAGCAUUUCCAAAAAUCAGACGGAAGUCAUCAAACAAAUCAAAGACACCCCAGUGGUGCCACCUGUUCACCCGGGACUUCUCAACCUGGAAAAGGCGAACAUGAUCAAUUAUGUGCCGACCUGGCCUGAUCCUGACCCACCGAGUGAUGUCAUUGGUUUCAUUAACAUAAGAGACUCCAACAAGCCAUUGCAAGCUCACCUAAUGCGUUCAGAGCUCUUUGAAGUGUCUCAAGCCAUCCGAUUCAAGGAUCCUUUUCAUGAGCCAAAGGAGUCUUUAUCUCUGAGGGCUUGUCCUGGACCUAUAUCCCAAACUCCCUCUAAUCCUGAAGCUCUAACUCAGGAGCAAACAUCAGGAGAAGCACAGAAGAAUUUUGAUCAAAAUCAGCAUCAAACAAGCAGCCAGAGUGAGAAUCUUAUCUUGCCUGUGGAAAAGCCAGAAACACUGCAUGUGCUUGCCUGUAGUAAAGUUGAUAAAGAGGAACUAUGUGUAAUGGAAAAAGACGCCUUUGACAUCUCUACAUCUUUGCAGAGUAAAAACAUUCACACUGAAAAAGACUUUGCCAAUGCAAUUCCCAAUGUGUCUGUUACUCAGGGCGAUAGAGUCUCAGAUACAAAGCAAACCCUGGAUACUCCACAACCACUGAAAUGUCCUACCCAAACCUCUGACAAUCUUGACAUGAAAUUAUCAUCAGCGGUGUACAGCGAAACUCUUUGUGACUCAUUUGCAAUUCCAGACACACCUUUUGUAAAGCAAAGCCUCGAUGACCAAGUCUUAAUUGAUGUUGCCACUCAAGAACACAAAGAUACAAAACCAGAGACAAACCAAAAUGGCUGGAAUGGUACACAGAUGUCUAACUGUGACUCCAGCAUCUCUUCAUUGUCUGAUGUAUACUAUGAUUGUUUUAGCCCUGUUGCUGACUUAAGGUUUGUAGAAGAUUUUUUUGUGCCUGACAAAACACAAGAAUCUUUGCAUAAUCCAAUCAAAAAUGGUCAUCAAGAGCAGGAAGUUCCUUGUUCAAAUUCAUCCUCAGCUCAAGAUCUGGAUUUGGAUAAGAAACAGACCUUGUUUACUCCAAAACUUUUGAAAACCUCUUGCAGUAUUGUCUUCAAUUUCUUAUCUACAGAGUUCAAAACAAAGACUACACCUUCCAAAACCACCUUUGCCCAAGAAAGUGAUCAAGGUAUCAUAAUAAAUGAUAGUAAACUACCAGUCAAAGAUUUCUCACAGACACCGAAUGGUUGUUUCAACUUCUCUUCAACUUCCGAGGAAUACUUUGAAUGCAGUGACACAGUGGGUUUGAAUUCGGAUAUUCAUGGUAUGGUUUUUGAGAAACCAAGCUCAGUUGAGAACUUCAACCUGAAUAAACCUCUGCAAAUACUGAAGCCCGUACUGGAAGCUGAGAAAUUUUCUAAGCUAAGCUGUCAGAACAUGAAAGAAAAGGAUGAACCUAAAAUGGAUUCUGGACAGGAGCAGCCUGAAUUUCAGCACAUACUAGAAAUAACAGCUGACAGUAACAUAGUGGCAGAUGAAAUUAAGGCAGUUUUAGGGUCUGAAGAUAAUACUCAAACUCAGCUGGAUGAGAAAGUUCACAGACACCAAGAACAAGUGUCUGAAGUUACAUCAGAGCCAGUAGUAGAGAGCAAAUCAAUGAGUAACUUUUCACAGGAACAUGAGAUAAGUGCUUCUCAGGAAAUUUUAGAAAUACAGACCAAGUCUGUAGAGUUAUUUGAGAAAGUUAAAAAAAAAGAGCCAAUGCAAGGCUUACAACUUGAUGUAAAUCUAGAUUUAGCGUGUAAGGAACCUGAAAUAGAACCACUACAGGACUUACAAUCUGACAUACAUCUGGAUUUAAAAUGUGAGAGAAAAACAGUACAGUUACCUGAGAAAUAUUCAAAACCGCAACUUCAGGAUUUAGAAUCUAAGGUAAGUCAAGAUGUAAAAUGUGUGGGACAGUCUGUAAAGUUAGCUGAGAAAACUGCACAACUGCCACUGCAGGACUUACAACCUGAGGUAACUGUAGAUUUAAUAUGUGAGGGAUUAUCUGUACAAUUACCUGAGACAACUACUAAACCGCCAAUACAGGACCCACAGUCAGAGGAAAGUCCAGAUUUAAAACUCAAACCUUCAGAAGUGAAUGCUAUCAACAAACUGUGUUUGGCAACAGGCAGUGAAUCUAGGAACUCAAUACUGCAAGAUAAAGCAGAUAUAACUUCUGUAUUUCCAGAGGAGACCGAGGUAACAAAUUCUGUAGAGUUGCCUAAGACUGAGCAACUGCAAAAUCCAUUGACUUAUUUAGAUCCUGGAUCAAAUCAUCCACCCAACCUAAAAUCUGAAGAGCAUGUGAACGAGCACUUACGGCUGCAGAAUGAUGAGGUGAGUCAGGCAGUGUUAAAGAUAGACUCUGAGGAGCAUAAUCCUCAAGAGAAACUGCCUGAACAGUUUGAAACCAUUGAGCUAUUGAUAUUAGAGGAUUCAGACACCCAAGAGCUGAAUCAUUCUGAUCCCAUAAGACCAAGAGCUGCAAUGAGAAAAAAAACAAAGGCAAGCAAAACUGAGCCUAUAGAACAGAAAACUACAAAUGAUAGAAAAUGUAAAGAGAAUCAGCUGGGUCAUGAUGUUAACAGUAGGAAUAAGAAGGAAACAUGCCACCCAACAGCUUUGAUUGAGGAGAAACAAGAAGGGGAACAUAUUUGCACAAAUCAGAUGAACAAGAACCUGCCAGAGGCAAAAUCGAAGCUGGAGUGUCUGGUUAGAAAGCAACCACAUCAAACAUCAUCCAGAAUUCCUAUUCAAGCAAGAGGAGGGUUAACCAAGUUAACCAUCAGCAAAGCAGACACUGGCAAUCGCUUAUUUGGGCUUCGAGCUCCUAAAGCUGGAUUGCAUAGCAAGCUGCCAUCACUUGGAAAACCACUUGGGCAGAAGAAGCCUAGCCUUACAUUAUUUCCAUCUCCUGAAAAAUUGUCCACAGGAGCAAUCGCUCCAGUUAGGUCAACACAAAUUCAUCAGAGACCGACAGUCCCCUCACCAAAUGGUCCCAUCUCUCCCCUAAAACAGGCUCAGGUCCAGCUGAUUGCACCUAGGACCAGGCAGUCAGACCAGCCAAAUGUUUCCAGGAAACGUUCUGCAUCCAUUACAAAAUAUAGCUGCUCUUCAGGAAUUUUAUGUCCAGGACAAGUAAAGAAGAAGCAAGUGUUUAAAGGGUCUCCACCAAGCAGCUAGAAUAAGGCAACAAAGUGCAGUUUGAUUUCUUUGUUGCAUACGGAUUUCAUAAAAGUAAUAAUGUGAAAUAGAAAUAAAAAAGGCACUGUGUUAUUUUAGUAUUUAAUGUUUUUAUUGAACUUUUAUUGAACUAUGUGAGUUGAGCUCAUAUAAAACUGUUUUAUUCAUUCCAUUUAGCAAACAGAAUUUCACCCUUCUACAAUGCACUUAAGCUAACAGGGUUUUCCCUAUACAAACAAGUUCUUCUAAACUGAACGUUUUAUGUAAAUUGCAGACACAGACUUUCAGAUAAAGCUUUAUGAUUGUCCCUAAAGCUUUACUUUGUUUUUUUCAUUCAGCUUAUUGUAAAUGAUCAAUUAUGGGCCUCAUUAAAUCAUCAUAUAUAGUU